GCUUCGCCCAAAACGAAUGAAAUAGAAAGAAAGAGAAGAAAAGAUUAAACUCACAAAACAAAGACAUCGCUCAAUAAGAGUCAGCCGCAUCCAGGUUACCCUUCAAGAAGGUUCGAUAGCAGCAGACGAACGUUACUUUCCGCAUAACUCAACCCACCCUACCCUUACCACAAACAAUCACCACCAGUCUCUUGUGACGAGCCAACUCAUCUCUUCUCUCUUCAUCUUCUCUCUUCACUGCUCUUCCCCUCUUCAACUAAUCUAUCAUCCACACUUCAACUUUCCACCUCUACCAAACAUGUCUUUACCAACUACUAUUCCUGAAGUUCUUUGGGCCCAGCGUUCUCAUGAGGAAGAUGGCACCAAAAACAUCAUCUAUCUUACCAUAACAGCACCAGACUGCCCCCCAGACUCGGUUGAAUUGGAUCUUGAGCCAACAAAGGUCCACUUCAAAGGAAGCAACAAAGUUAAAACUUUCUGUGUGGAUCUGGAGCUCUAUGCAGAGAUUGAUGUCGAAAACUCGAAACAACACUUGAGUGCACGAGGCGUUGACCUUGUCCUUCGCAAGAAGGAAUUUAAGACAGAAUUCUGGCCGAGACUUUUGAAAGAAGCCAAGAAGGCACAUUACCUUAGAACCGAUUUUGAUAAGUGGGUCGAUGAGGAUGAGCAAGAGGAUGAAGGAUCGGGUUUUUCUGAUAUGCCCGGUGGUGGUGCUCAAUUUGGCGGUGGAGACGAUUCUGGCGGUUUUGGUGGCAUCGACUUUUCGAAGCUCGGAGGCAUGGGAGGUAUGGAAGGCAUGGAUAUGAGUGCUCUCCAAGGGAUGAAUUCCUCCGGUGGCGCCGAUGACAACGGCGAUGACGAUAUGCCCGAGCUUGAAGAUAGUACCCUCGAGAAGUCUGAGGAUACCGAGGCUACUGAAGCCACUGAAGCCACUGCUCCUGCUACUGAAGCGGAGACGUCCUCGGGUAUCGAAGAGAUCUCGGAGGACAAGAAAUGAUUGCACCGCGGAGUUUCUCGACGGGGUAUCGGCAUCAAUUGCCAAAAAAAAAAAUGGGAGGGGGUUCUUGAAUUCAGAGUGUAGGGUUAAUGCAUUGGCGAUUAAUAUGCACAUAUUCUGUCUUAA